AUGAAAUUCUUAACUAUUUUAACUAUAUUAUAUAAUGUAUAUAACGUGUUAACUAUUAAUAUUCAAACUACAUAUGGAGAAGUUAAAGGAACAUCGUUAAGCUACAACGAUCAUGUAUAUUACUUGUUUAAAAAAAUACCUUAUGCACAAUCGCCUACAGGCAGUCGGCGGUAUAAACAGCCGCUUCCCAUCGAUAGAUGGUCACAUAUCUUGGAUGCUACCAAAUAUGGACCUGCUUGUAUGACAAAUUCCACUGUUAGCACAACAGCACCUAAGUGGAUAAGUGAAGAUUGCUUGUUCAUCAACAUCAUAACAAGUGAAAGAUGCAUAAAUGAGUCAUGUCCUGUUAUGGCUUAUGUGCAUGGAGGCCAAUUAAACUAUGGAUCAGCUGUUCAGUUUAACGAGACAUGGUUGAUAGAGCACUAUGUCUCAAACGAUAUCGUUGUUGUCCUUCUAGCUUAUCGUCUAGGAUCAUUUGGACUUCUGAUGCUCAAUGAUGCUUCUAUCGUUCCUCGGAACAUUGCUAUUUUGGAUAUGAUUGAAGCAUUGAGGUUCAACAAGAAGAUUAUUAAAGACUUUGGAGGAAAUCCAAGCAAUAUAACGUUGAUGGGACACUCUUCUGGAGCAACAGCAAUUAGUCAGAUUGCCUUUUCGAAAAAUAUUGAUGCAAAGGCAGAACUCUUUCAAAGCUUUAUAAGUAUUAGUGGAGCAGUGAUGUGGAAGCCAAAGAUGAGGGCAUUAGAGAUCACUGACGAGUUUAUUAAGUUAGCAAAGUGCAACAAAAGAAAUGAAAAAGAGAAGAUUGCAUGUUUGAGAUCAAAAGAAGCCCAUCAUCUGGUUAUGGUGCAGCAGGAGUUGGAAAACAGCGAAGUUCUUUUCACGGGAUCAGUUCUUGACGCUCCAUUCGUGUUGGAAAAUGAGAAUGAAAUUGAUUUCAUUCAGAAUCCACCGAGAAGGAACGCUAUGUUCGGAGCAACUGCCAAAGAAUUUGGGCCCAAUGAUCACGAAAAGGGACAUUUGGAUUUUCUCGGAUUCAAACAUGAGGAUUUGGUGAAAGCAAAGUUCGAUGCGGAUCACAAAAAAGCGGAAGAAGAUAAUCAGCCACUUUGGAGUUAUGAAUCUCAAGCUAGUUAUGUGACGAACUUCGUAUAUGGAAGUGAAUUAGUGAAAGCAGGGGGACAAGUUUACUUGUAUGAAUUCAGUCAAUACCCUAACCUGGCUUCUCAUGCUGCUGACAUGAUCUAUUUCAUUGGACAACACCAGCGCCCUCUUACAAAUGAUGAAAAGAUUGUUAACUCCUUCUAUUCUCAUUUCUUGUCGAACUUCAUCAGAAAUGAAGUUCCAGCAGAGAUUUGGACACCAUUUGACAGCAACAAAGGAAACUAUUUGAACAUCGAACUCUAUGAAUCGAGAAAUGUCUUUCCAACAAUGAAAUUUCCAUAUCAUCCUGAUAUGCUCGACUAUUGGUUACAUAAUAUGACAGAAUUCGAUGAGAAUUUGAAUGAAUUAACACCUGUGGUGGAUGUGCGUGAUGUAGUUCUGGAGAAGAAGAGUGAAGAGAAAACUUCCAUUUCCAUCAUGACUUACAUUCUGUUCGGCUUGAUCAUUCUUGUCGGCUCAAAUGGACACAAGUGGGGUGCUGAUUCGCCUGCCGACAAUCUCCCAACUAUGAAUUAUAAAUGCGUUGUCUUUGAUUUUGGUGGAGUCGUCAUGAACUAUGAUAGUUUGAAAGCUGUUGUUAAAGAAAUUUCAACUGAAGUUAAUGGAGAUUACGAUUUUCUAUCAAAGCUCUUCUCUCACACAUCAAUUUUUUCAUUUCCUGCCAAAGAUCUGUUUGAAGGAGAAAUAACAGCCGAAGAUUUGGAACAGCACAUGAUGGAUUUUGCUGAAAAGGAGCACAAGAUUAUUCUGCCGAGGCACAUCAGGCCUAUCCAAGAUUGGUUUCUUAAGCAUCUGCAGUAUAAUGAUUGUGUGAUUAAUGCGAUUGAGGCUUUACGCAAGAAUGGCAUUCAAACAGUUCUGUUAACAAAUAAUUUUUAUUUGGAUAAGAAACGACUGACACCUCGAGUUCCAGUUGAUAGCUUAUUUGAUUUGAUUAUUGAAUCGUGUAUAGAGAAAUGUAUGAAACCACAUUCUCAAAUAUAUCAAUUGACUCAAUCACGUCUGCAGAUAGACGAUGGCUCUCAAAUUGUAUUUUUGGAUGAUCAAGCCGAGAACUUGGAUUAUCCUCGUGACGAGUUAAACUGGGCAACCAUCAAAGUGAACCGCGAUGAUCCACAAGAAGCCAUUCAUCGUCUUCAGACGCUUCUCGGAAUUUCUCUGUUUGUUUGA